UUUAAGCAGUUUGUGCCAUUUUGAAGCAGUUUGUACUAUUUUCCGACCACCUCCAAGCAACAAGUGUCGCGACCGUCGCCGCCGCCGCCGCCGUAGCGGCUCCUAAUUAGUAGAUUGAAUCACCAGGGGUUGACUCACCCUCUCCACGGGGGAUCCGAGCAGCGCGCGGUUCCUCCUAGCAGAACGGAGCAGUGUGAAGCGAUCCGCUUACAGCGCGAGCGAGCUAGCUGACCGGCGAAGCGUCGCGAAGGCCAUUGGAAUUUCAGAAAUAUGCGAACAACCGGACGUUCGAUCUUUCUAUGAGAGGAAACGCAUUCGAGAUGCCGCCAGCGAGUUUCACCAUGGGAGCCUCUUGGGUUACGUUGACCCUGUCGAUGUGCCUGUUCACCAUCAUACUUUUCCUAGUUGUGCGACGCGGCAAGUGUCUCUACGCCCUUAGGAAAGUGCCGUACCCUCCGGCCGCGUUUCCAAUCAUCGGGAAUGCUUACGAGCUGUGCUGCAGUCCGGAACAAGCCUUCAAGAAGAUGAUCAACUGGGGAAAAGAGUUGGGAGAUAUGUACUUAAUUUGGGUAGGCAUGAGGCCCUUUAUAUUUCUCUAUAAAGCUGAAGCGGUUCAGCCAUUAUUGAGCAGCAGCGUUCACAUUGACAAAAGUUUGGAAUACGAAUAUCUGCAGCCGUGGCUUGGCUCCGGCUUGUUAACUAGCACUGGCGAAAAAUGGCAUUCACGGAGGAAGUUGUUAACACCAACGUUUCACAGUGGUCUUUUAGAGGUGUACUUCCAGACAGCGAUCAGAGAAGCUGGAAUAUUGAUAUCGUGUCUAAGGAAAGAAGUCGGCAAAUCAGAGAAAAUUCUGGACGAGUAUUAUAACGUUGCGGGAACGAAUGAGCUCGAGUGCGAUAUGUUAAACAAAUUGACGUGGUUGACAGCGUGCAUAAAGGAAUCUUGGAGGGUGUAUCCGGUUGCGCCGCUAAUUGGCAGGCAAAUUUAUAAACCCAUCAACAUAUCGGGACACGAUAUUCCAAUCGGCUCCACCCUUCUCGUGAAUCUGUUUCUUCUUCAUCGCGAUCCUCGAUACUUCCCGGACCCGGACUCUUACCGACCGGAACGGUUCCUCCCCGAUGGACCGAAGUACCCUCCGUUCGCCUUCAUCCCCUUCAGCGCCGGAUCACGGAACUGCAUAGGCUGGAGGUACGCCACCAUGAUCGUCAAAGUGGUCAUCAUCUUCGUGCUAAGGAAUUUCCACGUGGAAUCGUUGGACAACGAGAACGAGCUUCGCUUCACCAGCGAAUUGGUUCUGCACAACGCGAACGGGCUGCGGCUUAAAAUUACACCGAGAGAACCGAAAAUCGUCGCCUAGAGAUCGUCCGAUCUAAAAAAAAAAAAAUCGUUCGGCUCGCACGUGUAUUUAUGCUCCAUCGAGCAAUCGCUCUUCGACUUUUGGCUCCGAUGGCAAUGCAUUCGAUCCAUUUCAUUUUUUCUCUCGUUUCGCACGAUACGCGAUUGACGAUUCGUGAAUUAUCAUUUCUCCAUAGUCUCUCUUAUCGAAUUUUUAUAUCACAUUCUCUUUUUAUACCGUAAACUAUUACGCGGCCAUUUAUAUUUCAUCUUCCUCGUUCGUCUUCUUCGGUCGUCUUAUUCUCUGCGACGUGAAUUUACUUCGUAAAUUGUGUAACGAUAAUAAUAAUAAUAUUAAUCAAAUGAACUUCGAUGUUUGUGAUAUUAUAAAGGCAGUCCAGAUUAUGCGAACGGCUACAGAAACGGAUUAUGCUUGUUAGUAUUUAGUAUUAAUAUGUCCGGUUCGCGUGGACGAUCGUGUACAUUUCGAGAAGUAUUAUUGGACAUUGUUUUCUAUGAAUAAACGUUUUCGGGGAA